GGUCCAUGGAUUAGCUCUCCUUUUCUCCACUAAAGGAACUCUAAACUAGGGAUAUGCCGUCAAUUAAACUGCAGAGUUCUGAUGGAGAAAUUUUUGAAGUUGAUGUUGAAAUUGCAAAGCAAUCCGUAACUAUCAAGACUAUGUUGGAAGAUCUGGGAAUGGAUGAUGAAGGAGAUGAUGACCCAGUCCCUCUUCCAAAUGUUAAUGCAGCUAUAUUAAAAAAGGUGAUUCAGUGGUGCACCCACCAUAAGGAUGAUCCACCGCCCCCUGAAGACGAUGAAAACAAGGAAAAACGAACAGAUGACAUCCCUGUGUGGGAUCAAGAAUUCCUGAAAGUAGACCAAGGAACACUCUUUGAACUAAUCCUGGCUGCAAAUUACUUAGACAUUAAAGGUUUGCUCGAUGUCACAUGCAAGACUGUUGCAAAUAUGAUUAAGGGGAAAACUCCAGAAGAAAUUCGCAAGACCUUCAAUAUCAAGAAUGACUUCACCGAAGAGGAAGAAGCACAGGUACGCAAGGAGAACCAGUGGUGUGAAGAGAAGUGAAGUUUUGUGCCUGACACUCUUAACACUGUAAGGAUCGUUCCAAAUACUAGUUGCACUGCUCUGUUUAUAAUUGUUAAUAUUAGACAAAUGCAGCAGCAAAUGAAGUUGUAUUAGCAGGAUAUUGUUCCCUUUGCAUGUGUAGUGUUUUUUGAGUACAGAUUUAAAUCUUAUGGUUGAGUUUUUACCAGUGUAAUCAGAUGUCUUUUUACUUUAAUCUGCAAUGAAUAAAACUGAAGUAAGCGUGGAUUCUGUAUGGAAAGUAGCACUUCAGGCUAACCUUCUCAUUACUCUAACUGUCCAUGUCCAGUUAGUGUUAGUUUGAGAUGUCAGAAUUUAGAUAAGCAUUUAAAACUCUAUCAGUAUAAAUUAAAUCUCUUGCAAAAAAUUUUCUGAAAUAGAAUUAACAAAGUAUAUUUUUAGUCAAAGAACUAAAGGGUUUCUUAAGAAACCAGUCUGAGUGGAGAAUUGCUGAGUUGCCUCUAAGCAUGAAGAAUAAUGACCCUUGGAGUGAGUUAGUGCUUGACACAGUUCAUUGAUCACAGGCAAAUACUUUAGAAGCCACUCAUGAGAUUUUGUAUUGCUACUUUCCAAACCUGUAACAGUUUUCCCCUUACAAGAUUAUCACUGGCACAAAUGUGGGUUUGGUGAAAACUGGGCAAGCUAAUGACAGUUAACCUGGAACUCUUCAAUCAUGUAUGUUAAGGCCUGCCUCUUGCUGGUGCAAUGCAAGAUGCGCACUGUGGUAGGCACAGGAGUGCUGAUCCUUGGACUUAAGUAGGAAAAAUUAAAUCCCAAUUUGACCCAAAUCAUUACUGAGUUUAUCAAAGUUAAACUUAUUGAUCCACCACAUCCUUUAAUAGCUGGCUUUAGGCAAUCCUAAAUCUGCUUGUGAUGUAGCUUUUUAAAACAUGGUUUCAUGUAUCUGCAAGAAAUAUUUCAGUGAUGUACUGUACAUGAAAUCACAGCUUGAAGACUCUUCAUUUCAUACACAACACAAAUCUAAUGCUGUAUCUAGUGUGACUUCUCUUGGACAAAGCCACUUGCAACUAGUUAAACAAUAACUGGUUAUCUGACAUUUACAAUUCCCUUAUAGGGAGUAGAGGGUGGUUUGUGUAGUAAACAUUUGAGGUGUGAUCUUAGCUUACUGCAUUCCAUUUUCUGUAUAAACCUUAGACUAGAAUUAACCCUAAUAAAUACGCUUCUCUUCAUUUUAAA